CUUCCUUGCAUCUCUUGUGCCAAAUAUCCACUAAUCUGUCACAAGCUCGCGACAUCAUAUUAAGGCUUGCUUGUGCCGAACUCUGGGAAGCUCGAGUACCUACUACGCCUCAAUCACAUCCCAACUCAAUCGAUUGCCCCACUUCCCUUGGACGCUCCUUACACGCCUUCAUUAUCUCGAUAUGACCCACAAGUAAACAUCGAAAUGGCCCGCAAAGGCGGGGGCUCAACCCAACGCAAGGCGCCGCCGCCCCCUGCAGCAAAUGUGCUUACGAACGGCAAUACGAACGGAAACCCUCCGCCGUCAACUAUUGCAGCUCAAAUCGUACAUAAUGCAGCAAACGUCAAUUCAAGGCAAGAUGCUGCCGCAAAAGUUACGUUUGGCGAGCUUCUCAAAGAAUUCCUUGCGCACCCAAGCACGGACGAGCCGGACGUUCAACUCGUAGCCUUCAUUUGCGUUGUCGCAGAGGCAGGCUUAGAGGGCUUAUUCAAAGAAGAUCUAUUUGCGCAAGACGAACAAAUGGAACAGGGUGUUCGCAGUAUCAACGCAAUAAUGUACUUGCUGAACCAAAAACCACACCUGCUCUUGAGCCCGAAAGACGGUGACGACAAUGGAAUCCCUCGACCGCCUGUCGUCAUGUGGCUGUUCCCAAAGCUCCUUGAUAUAUUGACACAUGCGACUCUACGACCGAUCCAUCGGCACAUCCAGGAUAUGCUCAACUUCUGCCUCAGCAUACUUGCUAGUACAACAGCAUAUUCACGCCAGGCCGUUACCGUGAUGCGAUUGUACAAGUCAACGGCCGUUUAUAUUCGAGAUGAACUGAAAGCAGCCAACGACCCUGUGACAGUACGAGUUGAGCCAUUCCGCAUUGUGAUACCCUCUUCAAGCAGCCUUAAUGAGUUUUGGCCAGAGAGCAAGCAAUUGAUCGCUGUACCUCAUGAGCUCCAAAGAACCAUUUCUUCACCAACUUCGGCCAUCUGUGUUGGUCUCAACCUUCUUGUGGCUCUGUGCGCCCCAACACGCCAAAAACCAUGGAAGGUUCUUUUCCAGCAACAGUACCCGUGGAUCCUGGAUACCUGUGAGGAGCUAUGGCACUACUUUCGACGGUGGAAUACUGGUUCCGAUAAGCGCCCAUUACACGACGAGACAAUUGCUUUAUACAUGCAACUCGUGGACACUCUUGCGAUUCCUGGGUCCGAGCCAAAAGAUCGCUUUUCGGAUUCGGGUAAGGCUGCAUCGAUAUCGAUUAGCAGCAUUGCCCGUCUGAUCGAGAGUCUCGCUAUUUCAUCAAUGUCGGAUAGCAAUCAGACACAGCUCGCGCUCAUGGUGACGCGGCUGUGUCAUGUUGCACAGAUCGAGACGCCUCAAGAAAGCGUGCUUGAUCGGCGGCGUCGGCCCGCAAAGGUAUUUGAUACGGAACCGUUGAAGCAUAGCGCAAGAAGAAUCUGUGAGAACACAGAAGUAUUAUCUGGAUUGCAAAAGGACUUACAGCUCGCGUUAUGUCUAUGGACUUCGAAAGCAGAGUGGCCUGAGAGCACGGAAAGCCUGCGUGAAGAGCUAUGCUCGAAUGGCGCAGCGAGCUUUAUGUCAGCCCAGAUAGCCGAAGACGCGACCAAGUGCAUUCAGGUAUUUCAAAGGACGAAUCUGGUCGAGGACAGGCCAGCAAAGCGACGCAAGACGCUGCACGAAUCGUCAGAGGACGCUAACACGUCGGCUUAUCACGAACUCACAAUACUGCUCAACGGCAGCUCACAAGACUCCCCAAUACUCAAUCUUUCAAAUCUCCACAACAUCAUCCCGGCGAAAUAUUCUUCUCUACCCGAGCACCCGAAGCAGAACGAAGCUGCACAGCAACAAUUGCUCAUUGCCUUGGGUAAGGUCGCUUGCUCAGGCUCGCGGUGUCUGCAGGCCAACAGAAAUGGCUACGAGCAUUGGCAGAAACUCAAUUGCUCUCUUUGUGAUGGACCAGCCGUCAAAGUCCGAAACGCGGAAGUCUAUUGGGAUAGGAAUGAUCGUGGUGAGGACUGGAAGGAAGUUGUUGCCGCAAUCCUCGCAAUCACGAAAGAGCCCAAGUUCCAGAAUUCGGCAAGGCCUCGAGUACUCAUGGCUGUUGCCAUAGGACGCCUCUUCAAUCACAUUUCCGACCCUGACUAUCUCAACCUGGAAGUGUGCGAACUAGGACAAUGGUUGCUUGCAUGCAUGAGCCGGUCUCUCAGAGAGUUGAAAAUUGCGGCGACACAUGCACUCAUGACAUUCCUGCGGAGCGACAUCUCCAGUCGUGUUUGUCAAAAGAAUCGGACAUCAGUCAUUGAGUUCUUCGAUGCACUCGUGCAACGUGGUGUCCUCGCUGAUCAAGAGACCUUGAUCCUAGCAUAUGGCCAAGUGGCGCGUGUGUGUGGUGAGCUAGAGCUUCCGAUCAUCUUACAUCGGUUAGUCGAGUACCUUGGCCACCCAAACGCUCUCAUAUGUGGCAUGGCGUAUAAAGAACUUGACGCUCUAGCUGAGCCUUACGAACCUGAGGCCUUAUUCAAACCGUAUUGGAGGAUACUUGCCUUUUCCGUCAUCAAGGACAUCGUCAAUAAGCCCCAAAAGGCACAACAGCUUGCUGAUCUUACAGAGCAAACCGUUCGUCAGCUGCUUGUACUAACUCAGUCGUAUACUUUACCGCAUUUGGUGUUGACAAAGAGGAGGGACAUCAUUGAGAAGAUCGCCCAGGCUCGCAAAGUCCCAGUAGCGGAAGUAUUGACUCAGCCACGGAACAACCUUGCGAAGAUCCUGGCAUUGUUGCUUUCGCAGUCUGUACCAGACGUCGAAUCCCAUGCUAUGGAGACAUUGGCCGACAUUGAGCCAGCUAUGCGGGAGGGCAGCAAUGACAGGCUUGAGACACUGGUUGCACUGGAUAUCACAGGCGUUGCCAUCGAGAUUCUCAUGCUUUCCGCGGAACAAGACGAGUCAAGGAAAGCUCCGUAUCAUCGCGCAUUCAGCACGCUUGCUCGGCUCGCCGACAUAAAAAAGGGCCAGCGCAGGUCCUCUUCUAAAACCCGAAGCCUUGACGACUUUUGCGAAACUCAUAUUCUCGGUAUCAUCGCAUACUUCUCAGACAUUGUGGAGAGCCCACUCACUCGAGGCAAGACCACGCCACAUCCGUUGCCUGAGCGUAAAAGAUGUAUAGCAGCCAUCGGAGACUUCAUCACUCUUGCGCGUUACAGUGUGAACGGCGCAUUACCGCAGAUACGCGCAUGCUUACAGUCCGCAAUGGCAGAUCCAGACCUUUGCAACGAUGCCCUACUGGUAUGGAUAGCUUUACUUGAUGCACUUGACGCGGAAGAUACGAUGCUUGUCAUUGAUCAAACCUUCGCGCUAAUCGUAGAGCACUGGAAUAUCUUUUCGGAGGAGACUCAACUUUUGGCAAGCAAGACAAUUAUAGCUCUGACGCAGAAGUACGACGCACAAUUACGGGCACGAAUCGAGUAUCUCCCAUCGCUAGCGACCAUUCCCAUGAUGUCGAAGACUGAAGGAGAGCUGGUACGCUUCAAGUCGCACGUGGAAAUCGUCAGGAUUUUCCAAGCCUUCGGCAAUAGGUGCAAAGACCAGAACGCUGUGGUUGUACGCCAGGCUCUCAGAGAGCUUGGACCGUAUCUUGAUGCCAAUCAAAAGCACCUGCACCAAGCAAUUGUGGGGCAGAAGCCACUGCCCGUACUGGCAGCACUUACUCGAUCAGUCCUAGACGCCAGCAUACGAUUCUCAGAAGAUCACCCGGACAUUACCACGUUAUGCGCACAAUGUCUUGGCAUCAUUGGAGGUCUCGAUCCAUAUCGAGUGGAGACAGUAUGCGAAAAGAAGCGCGUCUUGAUGUUGUCGAACUUCUCACGAAGAGACGAGGACAUCGACUUCGUAGCUCUUCUACUAGAGCAAGUCCUCGUGAAGGUCUUUCUUUCGACUACCAAUGCCACUUCUCAAGGGUGGAUCGCCUAUGUCAUGCAGGAGAUGCUCAAGCAUUGUGGCUUUAGCGCAUUGGCGGUAGCGAAGCCUCGCUCUUCACAGGCUAGCACAGAAGCACAAAGGUGGAACGACAUUCCCGAGCCUACGAGAAACGUCCUGACCCCCUUCCUCAACUCGAGAUACUCCGUCAAUCGAAACCCAGCCCUGCACUACAAAUCUCCCGCAUACCCAAUCUUCGAUGGCAAAAUCAGUCACGGAACCUGGCUCCAAACCUUCGUGUACGAUCUGCUACAGAAGGGACAGGGCGUCAACGUGGAAAUGGUUUUUCCAGUCCUGGCUAGAGUCAUCAGAGGCUUUGAUCUGUCGAUUGCAACUUUCAUACUUCCUUUCGCCGCCCUAAAUGUCAUCGUGUCUGACGAUGACCAAAACUUGACACAUGUAGGGACAGAGCUGCUGACGGUACUGCGGCGUGAAAUCCAGUCUACUGAUCAGACUGAUGCUGUCCUGAUUAAGCAAUGUAGCGAGAACGUAUUCCAAGUCCUGGACUAUCUUUCGCUGUGGCUACAAGAAAAGAAGAAGUCUGUGACCGACGCUAGAAUCAUGGCUGGCAAGACCGGUCGCGGCAUCUCAGAGGAAGAAGAGAUGAACGCAAUCAAACAGAUCACUCGCGUAGAAAGUAUCCUCCGGCUCAUCCCGGCUGAGGUGAUCUCUCGACGUGCGGUCGAGUGUGGGUCGUACGCUCGCGCCCUUUUUCACUGGGAGCAAUAUUACCGACAACAGCAGCAACUCAAGACUGAAACAAAUCAAGUCUUCGAGAAAGACGACCUGUUACAACAUCUACAAUCCAUCUACGCGCAGAUCGAUGAGCCUGACAGUAUCGAAGGUAUCACAGCUCACCUGAAAGUGCUCAACCCCGAGCAACAGAUCAUGGAAGAUCGCAAGGCUGGCCGAUGGACCGCAGCUCAGAGCUGGUACGAGAUCGCGUUGGCUGAGAAACCGGAUGACCUGGACACUCAGGUCAAUCUUUUGACCUGUCUUAAAGAGUCUGGCCAAUAUGAUGCGAUCCUCAAUUACGUCGAUGGCUUCCAUGCAACGAACUCACUAUCAAUCAGCACGCUUCCGUUUGCUGUUGAAGCAGCCUGGUCGGCUGGUAAAUGGACACAGCUUGAGCGGAUUCUCGGUGCUUCAUCUGACCAAAUCAUUGGUGCAACCACGGACUUCAAUGUUGGCGUUGGAAAGGCUUUGCUUGCGCUGUAUCGAAAAGACGAAGCAGAAUUCACGACCAUCACCGCCGCUCUUCGUGGAACCUUGUCCAAGAGUCUUUCUCCGUCAAAUACCAACUCUCUGCAAGCAUGUCACGACACAUUGGUCAAACUGCACGCUUUAUAUGAGAUCGAAGCAAUCAGCGGCGUCAUGACACCAACCACACCAGAACGCGAAGUCAUUCUUGAGAAUUUGGAUCGCCGACUGGACGUCAUUGGUGCCUACACUUCUGACAAGCAGUACCUUCUUGGUGUUCGCCGUGCAACCAUGCUAGUCUCGAAAAUCGACUUUAGCGACCUAGACAUCGCUUCCGCCUGGCUCACAACAGGACGACUUGCACGUAAGGGCGGGUUUAUUACCACCGCUUUCAAUUCGGUUCUCCACGCCGGCCAGCUGGGAGACGGUGCCUCUAAGAUCGAGUACUCGAAGUUGCUGUGGAAAGAAGGGCAUCAUCGAAAAGCGAUCCAAAACCUGCGGGGCGCUAUCAACAGUAACGCCUUCCAGAACAGCGACAGCCUGCCCAUCAACAUCUCAAUAACUACUGAUGGCCGUGGAGGCGACCAUAUGAGCAAGGUGAAAUGCCACGCUCAGCUACUCCUUGCGAAAUGGCUUGAUCGCGCUGGACAAACGAAGUCUGGCUCUCUAAAAGAUGCAUAUGCGACAGGCGUCAUGUCAUACCCUAAAUGGGACAAGGGCCACUACUACUUGGGACGAUACUACCUUAAGCUUUUCGAGUCUGAGAAAAGACUGCCAGUCUCGAAACAGAGCCAAGAGUACCUUGCAGGGAGUCUGAUCAAACUCGUCAUUGAAAACUUCGUACGCUCUACAGUCUAUGGCACGAAGUACUAUUACCAGACCCUACCAAAGAUCCUUACGCUCUGGCUGAACUUAGGAACGGACGUCAUGAAUGUGGCGCCUCGAUCGGCAAGAGACAAGGAGUUUCACGACCACAGACUCACCUAUCUGGACCACAUCAACAAAUACCUCAAGCGGUAUGCUGGUGAGCGCAUGCCUGCUUAUACAUGGUAUACUGCGUUCCCGCAGAUUAUCACGCGUAUCAGUCAUCCGAACAAGAAUGUCUGGGAUGCGUUGCAGUUUAUUAUCAUUCGGGUCGCAGCAGCGUACCCGCAACAGACGCUAUGGAGUUUACUUGCGGUGCUCCACUCGACUCAAGAUGACCGUCGAGCACGCGGCACUGCCGUGUUACAAAAGUUGCGCGACACGUCGAAGCGCAAGAAUGGAUACCUAGAUCUGAAGAACGUCAUCGUGCAAGGACAACGUUUGACCGAUGCUUUGCUGAUAGCUUGUGACGCUCCAGUCGAGCAACGGGUCACGCAUGUCAGUCUUUCGAAGGACCUUGGUUUCAGCCACAAGCUGGCACCUAGCCAGUUGGUGGUGCCCAUCGAAGCCAACAUGUUGCCGAACCUUCCUGCUGGAAAUGACAGUAAGACGAUACGCUUACACAACCCAUUCCCGCAAGAUGCUGUAACAAUCAAUGCGUUCAUGGACGAUGUUCUGGUGCUCUCCUCACUCCAGCGUCCGCGAAAGAUCAACGUACGAGGCUCGGACGGCCGCUCUUACGGUCUCCUCUGCAAGCCCAAGGAUGACUUGCGCAAGGAUCAACGUCUCAUGGAGUUCAACGCUAUGAUCAAUCGCGCGCUGCAGAAGGACAUCGAGUCCAGCAAGCGCCGGCUGUACAUCAAGACGUACGCAGUGACGCCUCUGAACGAAGAGUGUGGAGCCAUCGAGUGGGUCGAAGGUCUCAAGCCUAUGCGCGAUAUCAUCAUCCGAUUCUAUCGCCAGCACAACGUGCACAUCGACUACUCCGAAAUCCGCAUGUUGCUCAACGAAGCGUCAUCUUCGCCAUCGAAGGUGCCCAUCUUCACAGAGAAGAUCUUGGGCAAGUUCCAGCCAGUACUGCAUGAGUGGUUCGUCGAGACGUUCCCUGAACCCGAGGCUUGGCUAUCUGCAAGACUACGAUACACACGCUCCUGCGCAGUAAUGAGCAUUGUUGGCCACGUACUGGGUUUGGGCGACCGACAUGGUGAGAACGUGUUGUUGGAGCAAGGCGACGGUGGGACCUUCCACGUUGACUUCAACUGCCUGUUUGAUAAGGGUCUUACCUUUGAGAAGCCUGAGCUCGUACCCUUCCGUCUUACACACAACAUGGUCGAUGCGAUGGGCCCCCAAGGCGUCGAAGGCCCUUUCAGAAAAGCGGCCGAGCUGGUGUACAGUCUUCUGCGGCAGCAUGAAGACACGCUCAUUACGAUUCUUGAAACCUUCGUGCACGAUCCCACAGCCGACUUCUUAGGUGGAAAGAGGAGGAAGAAGAUUGCUAGCGUUCCAGACACACCGCAGGAGGUGCUGGACAGUGUGAGAACAAAGGUCAAUGGGUACCUGAAGGGCGAGUCGGUGCCACUGAGUGUGGAAGGAUAUGUGGAUGCGUUGAUUGCGAUGGCCAGGGACCCGGUCAAUCUGGCAGCCAUGUACAUUGGAUGGUGUGCCUUUUUCUAG